AAAAACCCUCUCGGCUUUCGGGGUUAAGAAGAUGGACAAACAGCAUCUGUCGACAGGAGAAUGCUACCUUUUGAGCAAGGGACCAGAGAACAGGACCCAAGUGACAGAAUUUAUUUUAAUGGGACUUUCGGACCUCCCAGCCGUCCGCUUCUCCCUCUUUGUCAUCAUUUUGCUUAUCUAUUUAGUCACGCUAUUGGGCAAUGGCACCAUCCUCCUUGCCAUAGGAGCUAAUUCUCAGUUGCACAACCCCAUGUAUUUCUUUCUCAGUAAUCUUUCCUUGCUGGAUAUCUUCUGCCCCACAGCUACGGUGCCCAAGAUGCUGGAGAACCUUUUGACAGAAUGCACUUCCAUCUCCUUUGCUGGCUGUGUGCUACAACUCUACUUCUUAGUGGCCCUGGUAGGGACGGAGGUCUUCCUCUUGGCCGUCAUGGCCUAUGACCGCUAUGUGGCCAUAUGCAAUCCUUUGCGAUACACUGUCAUCAUGAACAAAAAGCUUUGCCUUCAGAUGACUGCUGGAACAUGGGUCACCGGCUUCCUCAAUUCAUUGUUGCACACAACUUUGACUUUCAUUCUACCUUACUGCAACUCCAAUAGAAUUAACCAAUUCUAUUGUGACAUCCCACCAGUCUUGGCCAUAUCUUGUGCUUCCACCUAUGUGGCUGAGAUGGUUGUCCUCAUUGUUGGUGGCGUAUUUGGUGUGGGGGCUUUUCUAAUCACCUUGAUUUCCUACACUCACAUCAUUGCCACCAUUCUGAGGAUCCGUUCUGCCGAGGGAAAACGUAAGGCCUUUUCUACCUGCGCCUCCCACUUAAUAGUGGUCUGUCUUUUCUAUGGAACCACCAUAUUCACAUACAUAAGACCUUCCUCCAGUUACCAUCCAGACCAGGAUAGGCUAGUCAGCAUGCUCUAUGGGAUGAUUACUCCCAUGCUAAAUCCCUUGAUUUAUAGCCUUAGAAACAAAGAAGUGAAAAAGGCCCUUGAGCGCCUAAUAGUUCGUCAAUUCCAUUAACACCAGAAGAAUUUAAUGAGAUUGUUAGAAAAGAUAUUUUGUACUCCCUUGCAUCGGGGUGGAGUUGGGACGACUGAAUGGAGCUGAGAAUUUACUGGCGGGAUGCCCUUCCUGACACCUACAGGAAGCUAAUAGCAGAUAUUUUCUCUUUGUACCCAAAAAGAGAAAUAUCUGCUGCUACCAAAGAUUGAACUCACAGCCUCCUGAUUGUGAGGCGAGAGCUCCACUCUAGGCCAUCACGCUGCUUAGAGGGAUACCAUGAUUAAUGGUAUCAAAAGCCUCUGAGAAGCCAAAUUGGGCAAGGAUGGAUGCAUAACCCUUAUCUUGCCAUCACCAGGAAUUUGGGGAUGAUCCAGAUUUCUGUACCUAAUGGUGGAGACAGAACAUCCCUGUGAGGGGAGAUCCAAAAUUCUGCAGAUAGUGACAUUCUUGUAUUUGUGACACCAGAGUUGCAAUUUUUCCAGUGUAUUUAAUGGUUUUUUUCAGUGAAGAAAUGAGAUAAAUGUCUGGCUUUGGACUCUAACAAGAGAGGAAAGGGGUGAAAUAUUUCAGUUCUGUACAACGAAACAUCACUUAUUAUAUAAAUAUAUUUGCUUUAGUCUUGGUUCUUUUAAUAAUGUUGAUAUAUUAGGAAAAUUCAUACUGAAUUAAUUGCUCAGUUCUAUAUGUACUGUAAAAGAAAACAAAAUAUUGAUUGAUAGUCCUUUAUCUUCAUUUGCCUGGAGAUGGUGAAAAGCACACUAAAGGCACACUGUGAGGCCCCAAAGAAAUGUAUCUUCAGUUAUUUCAGCUUUGUAGCUUUCUUUGUUGCCUGGGGGAUGGAAUGUCUCACCUUUAUCUGAGACACGGUUUGUGCUUGGAGCCAAAAGAAAUCAAAAGUGAGACAGACUUUGAAGAGCCCGCCAAAAAGACCGGUUACCAAAACACAAUGCCACCUGUGGAUUGGCUUGUAUUCAAAUGAAC